AUGUACAAUCUAUUUGAUGGUCAAACUGCUAUCGGUGACAUGCUCCUCUUCCUGGCUCAUAAUGACCCCGUUUCUAAUGCACUGACGGGAAAUAAGAUUUUGAUAGGCUGUUUGGUCGGUCUGCUUUCCUCUGCUUGUCAAUCCAUUGGCCUCAUUCUUCAGAGAAAAUCGCAUCUGGCAAAUGAAUCCGCGGCUGGGAGUGGCAAUCAAUUAUCUGCAUACAAAAGGUCGUUGUGGCAUUUAGGAUUUUUGUUGUUCAUCAUCUCUAAUGUCUUUGGUUCUACAAUUCAGCUUUCUACUCUUCCUUUGAUUGUAUUAAGCCCUCUGCAGUCGAUAGGUUUGGUGUUCAAUACUGUAUUUAACACUUUGAUUUUACAUGAGGAAUUUACUCGACAAUCUUUUUAUGGAACUGUAUUGGUUGGUGUGGGAGCAUUUUUGAUCGCUCUAUGCGGCGGAGGUAUUGGUGAACCAGAAUAUGACCUUGCUGAUUUCAUCGUCCUUUUGAGUCAAAAGGAGUUCGUUGUCUGGAUAAGUGUGCAAUUUGGGGUAAUUACGCUCAUACUUUUUUGGAUAAUGGUAUCCUCAUAUGAAAUUUCUCGCGAAUCGAGACAAGGCCAGGUCAGCCCCUGUAUACAGCUCCUUCACGUAAUUGAUGCGAAUGUGAAAGAACGUCUCAGAAAUGUUCAGGAAAAUACGUCAAACAAUGAUUCAAAUUUUCAGUUUUCAGCCAAGAUGUUCAAGGAAAAGAUGCUCCAGCUUGUAUUAUGGAUUCUUCACUGCAACACGUCUGUUUACAAAUUUUUAUUUGCAUUUCCAUUGGGGACUAUAAAAUCAAUCCAAGGUAUAUCAUAUGGAGUUACUUCCGGUAUACUUUCCGCUCAGUCUUUAUUGCUCGCAAAAUCCGCAAUAGAAAUAGCCCUUUUGACUCUUUCCAAUCGUAACGUGAAACAGUUGAAUAAUUCAAUGGUUUACCUGCUCGUGCUUGUUUUUCUAGUGCUGUGUUUGUCUCAAUUAUAUCUGCUGAACCAGGGACUGAAACUUAUUAGUACUUCCAUCCUAUACCCAUUGGUAUUUUGUGUUUACAAUAUCUCAAGCAUAUCUAAUGGGCUGACAUUUUAUAGGCAGUGGUCCCAGUUUCUUGGAGCAGCUGGAUUUUUCAUAUUUCUGGGAACGAUUCUGGUUGUGUUUGGCGUAUUCAUCUUGAGUGAAUCAUCCAAGCAGGCGGAAACUCGGUAUUACGGCUCUUCCAGAUCCAAGUCUCCUAUCAGCCUGCCUUUAAUGGACUCAGAAAUUCAAGAAUAUCAAAGUAUAGCUCAAACAACUCCCAAGUCAAAGCAUAGCAGAAAGUUGUCUCUUAAGGAAGGAAUUAUAUCUUCUAUGUUUUCUUUAACAGACCCCUCAGAUCCCGAGAGUCCGUAUUAUGAUCCACUGUGUGCUGAUACGUCACCGUCUGGAAUUUCAAACAGAUCUUUGCCGGUGGACUUGAUAAAACCAAUUAUCAAAAAAACAGGGAUAAAUAUCAAUAACGCUAGCAGAAAAGUAUCGGGAUUUUUUAGAAAGUCCAUUGACAACAUACAAACGACACACACGAGCUCACCUGACCAAUCAUCCAAUCAAGAUCGGAGCACAAUCUCCUUCGAAAAUUAUGGAGAAAGUCCUCAAAGAUUUGAUGCAUGCUCUAAACAAACGCAGUAUGUGUCGUUCGAUUCUCUGAAAGAGUUCAAAAAUCAGAGUGCGAUUACACAUGCAUCCGAAUCUCUCAAGGACGGGCCUAAAGCUACCCCUAAAGGUAACAAACGAUUACCCAACAUUCAUGAAUCUGAUUUUAGUUCUAUAAGCUACGUUCCAAUCUCGGAGAAUUUUCAACUGACAUCAAAUAUGUCAAGUGAUAAUUAUGGCACUCGUCUGCGCUCCGAUAAAUCUGCUAGCCCUACGAAGCAAAGGAGAAGGCCAAAAAUCAGAGAAAGAUGGCUUUGGGGAAGCGAAGGGUCCCCCAAAACUCUCACCCACGAAAAUCAGACUGAAGAUACAACUAUAAGCGAAUCAGAGUCUCCGAAGCAUGUAGACUCCCAUUCUCUGCCUUCAGAUGAUGAGUACAAUCCUCAUAAUGCUUUCAAUUUUUCGCUAAAUAAUACGAUUGAUGAGAUACAAAAUCAGCUCAACGGUAACUCGGAAGAAGGGGCAACAUAUACAAGUCCAAACUCAACCAAGUCUCUGUUUGACAAUAUUGAUAAUGACCAAAAGAACCUGGUUUUAGAUUUGAAUCAAGCAGAUCCAAGAAUAACUUUUGCCACAAAAACAAGUACAUAUUCUAGUGCAAAAAGUGCACACAACAAGCUUUUGUGCACGAACAAUAAAUUGCAUAGCUCUGUGGAAAAUUGGAAAAGAGUCUAUUCUUACGAACAAAAACGGGUACACGAAGAACUCACACAACCAUAA